UGCGCUCCCCCUCCCGGCUGGACUGGAGCGGUGGCGGCUGCGAUGCUGCCGAGCGGAGCGAAGAUGGCGGCGGCCGAGGGCGGCUCGGGCUCCCGGUGCCCGCUGCUCUGAGGGGGGUUGGGCAGCGCGGCUGCGGAGCAGGGGGAAGGGCCCCGGCUCCUGCCUUUACCCGAGCGAGGCGGCGGCGCGGAGUUGUGGAGUGGAAUGCCAUGGCCAGUUCCUCAGACAGUGAAGAUGACAGUUUCAUGGCUGUGGACCCAGAAGAAGCAGUGGUGGAAGGCCCAAUGGAGCAAGACGAUGAGCCACAUGCUGAGCUGGAGGUUGAGGAGACCAGGCAUAACCGAUCGAUGUUGGAGCUGCCAGAAGAGGUUUUAGAAUACAUCCUGUCCUUCCUCUCACCAUACCAGGAGCACAAAACCGCUGCCCUUGUCUGCAAACAGUGGUAUCGCCUCAUCAAAGGUGUGGCACAUCAGUGUUAUCAUGGCUUUAUCAAGGCGGUCCAAGAAGGAAAUAUUCAGUGGGAGAGUCGCACGUAUCCCUAUCCUGGAACCCCAAUCACACAGCGCUUCUCACACAGUGCGUGUUACUAUGAUGCUAAUCAGUCAAUGUAUGUGUUUGGUGGCUGCACCCAGAGCAGUUGCAAUGCUGCAUUCAAUGACCUCUGGAGACUUGACCUCAACAGCAAAGAGUGGAUCCGGCCUCUGGCAUCAGGUUCUUAUCCGUCACCUAAGGCUGGGGCCACUUUAGUAGUGUAUAAGGACUUGCUUGUGCUGUUUGGUGGGUGGACGCGGCCAAGCCCCUACCCUCUGCACCAGCCGGAGAGGUUCUUUGAUGAAAUACAUACCUACUCGCCUUCCAAAAAUUGGUGGAACUGCAUAGUGACAACGCACGGCCCCCCUCCCAUGGCAGGCCAUUCCUCUUGUGUAAUAGACGACAAAAUGAUUGUCUUCGGAGGUUCCCUAGGAUCUCGGCAAAUGAGUAAUGAUGUCUGGGUUCUAGAUCUCGAGCAGUGGGCUUGGUCCAAGCCAAAUAUCUCUGGGCCAACCCCUCACCCGCGUGGUGGCCAAUCUCAGAUCAUAAUAGAUGAUGAAACCAUUUUAAUCCUUGGUGGUUGUGGAGGUCCAAAUGCACUGUUUAAGGAUGCCUGGUUACUGCACAUGCGCACCAGCCCCUGGACAUGGCAGCCAUUGAAAGUGGAAAACGAAGACCAUGGAGCCCCUGAACUAUGGUGUCAUCCCGCGUGCAGGGUGGGACAGUGUGUUGUGGUCUUCAGCCAGGCUCCCAGUGGGAGAGCUCCACUCAGCCCCAGCUUGAACUCUCGCCCGUCUCCUAUCAGUGCCACGCCGCCAGCCCUGGUUCCUGAAACACGGGAAUACCGCUCUCAGUCUCCAGUCAGGAACGCCGACGAAGCUCCUUGUGUGAAUGGCCGCUGGGGCACCCUGAGACCCAGAGCACAAAGACAGACACCGUCAGGCUCCCGGGAAGGGAGCCUGUCCCCAUCCAGAGGAGAUGGGUCACCUGUACUGAAUGGCGGGAGUUUAUCCCCUGGAGCCGCAGCAGCGGGAGGUGCCUCAUUGGACAGUCCUGUACUGGCCAUAUCGCCCAGCACGCCUUCUGCUGCUGAAGGAUAUGACCUGAAAAUUGGACUUUCCCUGGCGCCGAGACGAGGAUCGCUACCAGAUCAGAAAGAUCUACGCUUAGGGUCUGUAGAUUUGAAUUGGGAUCAGAAAUCAGGUUCCGUUAGCUGUCAAAUGGAUGCUGUGGACAAUAGGACAGUUGGUGGAAGCAUGAGAAAUCCCCCAGAGCAGACCAAUGGAAUCCAUACCCCACCUCAUGUCACUAGCUCCCUUCCAGGGGCGGUGUCGCCAGGUGCACUCCGCAGAAGCCUGGAGGCUGUCAAGGCCCUGUCUUCCAAAGGGGCAUCUGGUUCAGCAGCAUUAAGUCCUCCUUUGGUGUCUUCACCAGGAUCUCCUGGUAGCCAGAGUGGGAGCAGUGCCGAGGUGGCACCAGCACCACGCCCAGGCUCUGCCCAAGGGGACGGCCACUCCUUACCUCCGAUCGCUCGUCGCUUGGGCCACCAUCCACCGCAGUCUCUGAAUGUCGGCAAGCCUUUGUAUCAAAGCAUGAACUGCAAACCCAUGCAGAUGUAUGUGCUAGACAUUAAAGACACCAAGGAGAAAGGGCAAGUCAAAUGGAAAAUGUUUAAUAGCAGUUCCGUGGUGGGGCCACCAGAGACCAGCCUACACACCGUUGUGCAAGGCAGGGGGGAACUGAUCAUAUUCGGUGGCCUCAUGGACAAGAAACAGAACGUGAAGUACUAUCCCAAAACAAAUGCCUUGUACUUUGUGCGAGCAAAAAGAUAAUGAGGCAAAAGCUGGUCGACCCCUGCCCUUCCUGCCCCACCCCCUUUCCGUGGCUUUCUUUUUUUAACCCUUCCUCUGUCACGCAGGCAUUUAAACUGUGAACUAGGGAACGACAAACCAAUAAAAUCCAAACACAAUUGCAGCGCUGCCCUCCAGCUUCCAGUCUAUGAUCCUGGCUCUGGGCUUGGUUCAGAAAGUCCUAUUUAAAAAAAAAAAA